ACACACACAUAACCUCCUCCUCGGGGGUUAAUCCUCUCCUCCCGGUUGGCGUCGGGAGCAAAGUGUGUGGGAAUGGAACGGCUCGGGCCCUAGGACUGGAUUGAAGACUACAGAGCAAAUUGAAUUUGCUGAUUGGCUGGAGAGGAGGGAACACAUGUGGCGUGAAAUGUCUUUCUCAGAUGAGUGAAGCCUUUUCUGUAGCUUCACACAGUUCUCCAUGGCUUCACAGACUGGCAACAUGAACCGUGAAGAUAGAAAUGCACUGCGAAUGAAAGAACGAGAACGGAGAAAUCAAGGAAUUCAGCAGAAUGAAGAAACUUUCCCUGGAAAUUCCCCCCUCUUUGCUGAGCCAUAUAAAGUACAGGGCAGAUCAGAAGAUAAACUUUCCAGUCGAAUCCAGAGCAUGUUGGGAAAUUACGAUGAAAUGAAAGACUUGAUAGGAGAUAGAAAACUCAUAGGCAUACCCAAAGGCACUGUUCCAUCAACUCCAGAUGAGAAACCCGACCCGGCUUUCUUUGGUGAUCAGAGACACAGUACAUCUCACCAAAGUAGCAAGUGGACCCCAGUGGGUCCAGCAGCUUCUGCCCCUAGUACUUCAUCACAGACACAAAAGAGGUCAAGUUCCAGUUUACAAAGCAGCCAUGGCAGCAGCCAAAGACUUGGUGGUGGCAGCAGCAGUAGCCAGAGGCAUGAACGUGAUUCACACAUUAGCAGUCGUAAGAGAAGUAACCAACAUGGAUCUGAACAUUCAAAAUCACACUCAGUCAGCCCAGCUAAACCACCAACCGUUUCCAUAAGCUCCAGUAAUUCGAGGUCUCAAGGAAGCGACCACCAUAGCAAAGAGCGCCAUCGGUCAAAAUCACCUCGAGAUCUUGAUGCUACCCGGGACUCUCCAUCUCGUGUUCACACGUUCCCUGCUAGUGGACAACACACUUCUCAGGCUUUCACUCCUGCAUUGAUGUCCAAACCCAGCUCGAUGCUGCAGAAGCCUACAGCCUAUGUGAGACCUAUGGACGGACAGGAUCAGGCCCCCAAUGAAUCAUUGGAACCAAAAAUUCCUUCCGAGCAUUAUGGUAGCCAGUCUCAUGGAAGCAGCCUGUCAGAGAUGAAGUCAGGCAACAAAGUGCAUCUCUCAAAACUCAAAAUCCCAUCCCAGACUGUGGAGUCAUCUGUUUCUGGUGAUGCGAGCUGUGUGGAUGAGAUUCUAAAGGAAAUGACACACUCUUGGCCACCGCCUUUGACAGCAAUUCACACACCAUGCAAGGCUGAGCCAUCAAAGUUUCCAUUUCCAACUAAGGAAUCUCAGCAUGUUAACUACAGUAUACCAGGGCCGAAGAGAUACAGUGCUACAUCAAAAGCGGCCUCCAAUAAUCGAGCAAAAUCCUGUGAACCUGACCAAGCUGCAUCACGAAUGUUGGAGGAUGACCUCAAACUUAGCAGCAGUGAGGACAGCGAUGCAGAUCAGGAUUCGAAACCAGCAGCAAGGGCUACUCCUGGCGGUACUUCUGAACCUUCCCAGCAAAACAGUGAGGGCGUGGAACCAUCCAGAGGUGAUUCCAGCAGCCACAGUGGCUCGGAAAGUAGUUCUGGAUCAGACUCUGAAAGCGAAAGCAGCUCUAGUGACAGUGAAGCAAAUGAACCAUCUAGGAGUGCAUCACCCGAGCCUGAACGACCACCUUCAAGUAAGUGGCAACUAGACAACUGGUUGAAAGGGAACUCGCACAAAGUUUCCCCAGCUUCUUCUGUGGACAGUCAUAUCCAGUCAUCGCAGAGCUACAAGAAAGAAAGCAGAGACCAAAAUGCAGCCUACGAGGAUCCAAGUGGAUCAAAGGAUGUGACCACAGCCACAUCCGGAAGGGAUUCGAGGACUGCACAGAAAGGUUCUGAAAACCGAGGCCGUCAGAAAUCACCAGCACAAAGUGAUGGUAGCACACAACGGAAGUGGGUUGGUAAAAAGCAGCCUAAAAAGGCAGAAAGGCCAGCUGUAACUGAGGAGCAACGAGGAGGGCUGAAAGUUGAAAGUGAGCCUACCUCAGACAGGGCUACUCCUAUUCCUGCCAAUCGUCACAAAGCUGCUACAAAGGGUUCCAGAAAGCCUAGCACAAAAUCCAAAUCGACGAGAGUGACUGUGGAAAAAAGAAAGCACAACAAGAGUGCGAGUAAAACCCCCCAAAAAUCCAAGGAAUAUGUUGAUACGGACUCCUCUUCCUCUGAUUCUGAGCAAAGCGAGACCCUCCCUCCCGCAUCCCAAACCCCAAAGUAUUCAGAGAAUAACAGGACUCCUGUUCAUAAAUCCUCCAUGGAUGGAGAAGACAGCAUUUUUAGGCAGAGGAUUUUCUCUCCUAUGGAAGAGAAGGAACUCCUUUCACCACUGAGUGAUGUUGAUGACAAAUAUCGCAACAUUACCUCACUUAUUGUUAGAAUUGACUUAAGUCUCUUGUCCCGGAGACCUGAAUCUCCUCAUAAAGAAAUUGAGCAGCCUAAAGUGGACAAGGAGGUCUCUUCUGACAGGCGAAUGCGAGACACUCCAAAACAACCAACUGAAAAAAGUACCACCAAAGGCAAGAGAAAGCACAAGAAUGAUGGAGAGAGUGAGAGCUGUGAAAAUAAGAAGCCUAAAGCAGAAGAAAAGAUUACUAGCCACAAGACUUCAAGCAGCAAAGAUUCUUUGAGGCCAUCUUCUGAACGAGACAAGGUAUCUCUACCAUCUCCAUCUGCCUCUGCUCCGCAAAGGACUCCCAAGACAGAGCACAAACAUCAGAGCCGCAGGAGAACUGCUAGUCAGUCCUCCACCUCAAAGAGCAAUAAUAGCAGUAGCACCAAGCAAAGCAGCAGCAGUGCCAAAAGCAGUUCCUCAUCUUCCAAGCAUAAAAAGACAGAAGAAAAGGCAUCUAUGCGUCCCAAGGAGAACCGGUUGCAAGAAAAAAACCCUGUUAGCUCUGCUCUGCCAUCAUCAACACCAUCAGGAGAUGGUUUGAAGUUGAGGAGGCCCAAGUUGACUUUCGAGGAUCGGUUGUAUUCAGCUGAUCAUUACCUCCAGGAAGCAAAAAAGCUCAAGCACAAUGCAGAUGCACUGUCGGACAGGUUUGAAAAAGCAGUGUAUUAUCUUGAUGCUGUCGUAUCUUUCAUUGAGUGCGGUAAUGCUUUGGAAAGAAGUUCUCAAGAGGCCAAGUCUCCUUUCCCCAUGUAUGCUGAGACUGUAGAACUUAUCAAUUUUACGACCAGAUGCAUUCGCAGCCUCCACUCAGCACUUCAGUGCUUACAAAAUGUGUCGCUGGAUGUUGCAAAAUACACUAUGAAGUUAAAGAACCAUAUGGCACCUGAUGCUACUGCAGCAGAUAAAAAGCUGGCCGUCUUGUGUCUCCGAUGUCAGUCACUUUUGUACAUGAGGCUGUUUAAAUUGAAGAAGGACAGUGCACUAAAAUACUCCAAAACAUUGACCGAACACCUCAAGAAUUCCUAUAACAGUGCUCAGGCUCAGUCACCUGGUGUGGGCAGCAAAGCUGCAGGCACACCAUCUCCUGUGUCUCCCAAACUCUCUCCAGGCACUGCUGGAAACUAUUCCUCUGGGGGGAAUUCUUCCUCCAGCAGCUCUUCUGCCUCUGUCACAAUUCCACAAAGGAUCCAUCAGAUGGCAGCUAGUUAUGUCCAAGUCACGUCCAAUUUCCUGUUUGCCACUGAGGUGUGGGACCAAGCUGAUCAGCUGGGGAAAGAAAACAAAGACUUUUUUACUGAGUUGGAUAAAGUGAUGCACCCAUUGAUAUUCAGCAGCAGCAGUAUGACUGAGCUGGUACGCUACACCCGCCAGGGUUUACAUUGGCUUCGUUUGGAUGCUAGCCUGAUACCUUGAGGAACUUGGAAAAGUUGGACUGGAGAUCCGAAGACUCUUCCUCUUUCUUACUGCCUCGAACAUCUUUCACAUCAUUGUUGCUAUAUAUAUUUUUAAAGAAAUUGCGCAUAAAAUCCUGACCUGGUUUUACAGAACAAAAAGAAAUUAUGAGAACUGUUACAUUACCAAUGAAACCGUUUUUAAACCAGUGACUCACCUUCCUGAUAAAAUACGUAGACCAUAAAUUUUUAAUACUUUCGUUACAUUUCUUCAUAAAUACUAUCAAUCGUCAAAGCUUCAUCAAGCCUCUCCCAGAAUGAAGGCUCCCAAUCAUGUAAACUAUGAUCAGCAGUAUUUACACUAAUGAAAUAAUCACAGCUUAGAAACAAUAAGCCAAGUUUACUGCAUGAAAUCUAGGUGCACUUACAUUUCAUAAUGGUUCUGUACUCCAUGUCAUAUUCCCCUACGUGCCCAGUCCUUAUUGUAAGGAUAAUAUUGGGAGUUUUCCUUCCUAUGAAUCUUACUCAAUUUCUGUGUCAAAUCCGACAUUAACACAGGGUAUUUUUUUUAAAAUUCAAUUGUAAGAGACUGCAUUAGAAAAUUCUUCCCACUUUAUAACGCAUGCUCAAAGCUACAUUUGUUUCUUGAAUGCAUGCUGCAAUCUACCUAGGAAGUUGACUUUGAUUUACCAAAGUAGAAAAAUGUGCGCUGCUGGUUCCUUGUAGAUACAAAACAGUAGUUGUGUUAACAGCCUUGCCCCAGUCUGAUGUGACUUUCAAGUUCAGUUGAUGCAACAGAAUUGUGAAUGGAUUUUUAUUGCUGCACAUUGGAGGAUACUUUGGGGCUAUGAUUUAUGUAGGUACUUCACUGCAUUUGCUAUUGAAUGCCAUGUGCUGGAUAACUGAAGUGGUUCUGGCAUAACAUUUGUACAGAAGACAUGCACCUUUGUACAGGAGAUGUACAGCAUUUAUACUGUUGUAGCUGUUGUAACUCAUCUGCGAUGCUAGCCAAAUGAAUCGCACCGUUGCCUCCCCAUCACCAGCACAGCUUAGCUGCUUUCAUAUAUUGGUUUCUCUACUCUGCUGGGCCUACAGCUUAAUCAGUCUACGGUGUACCUGCACAUAAGUUGGACAGUGAAAUGUCCGUGGGCAAUGCAGACCUGAAUGAAAUGUAAUUGUUUGCGUAACAUAGACUGUAUGUGCCUGAAAUGUUUCUGGUAUAACAGCUGGUUGGAGGUUUUGUAAAUUAUGGAUGGUUUUAAGCAUUUUUUUUCUAAGAGUGUUGGGAUGUGACAUGAAAUACUUGGCGUAUAAAGGACUUUUUAAUGUGAAUAAUUGAAUUCCUAUAUAUUAAGUUGUAAAAUCUGAAAAAAGUACCAAUGCAGCUCCAGUUAUUAUGCAUUAUAAAAAUAUACGGCUGCUUUAAAUGUCACUGAUUUAGCAAAAACGUUUUUUAAAUUACUCUCACGAGUAUAACCAGGUUAGCAUUUCCUGAGUAUUUUUGUUAAGCUCUUUUGGGGGUUGAAUCUGCCACGUCAAACACAUUGGGUGUGCCUUAUACAUCUGUAUUCCCCCUCCUUGAUAUAUAUUUACAGUAGAUUGCCAUGGUGCUACGUCAAGCGGUCAUGCUGUGUAAACUACUUAUUUUGAGGGGAAAAAAGUGUCGUUUGUGUUUUAAUUUCUAAUCAUGCCUUUGGGGUAAAUGUUGGCCACUUUCCCCAGAUGUCCGUGCCACACUAUUUUAAAUUGAUUGCACUAGUGUAAAAUUACAGGGCGGGAGGUCCAGACUAUUCCCCUGGAAUAAAUUGAAAUAUACGGGGAGGUUGAGGUAAAACACUAUUGAAAUGAGUUCCAACAUUUGCAGCCAGUCAAACAGGGAAGAAGUGCAGCAACUUAAAGCGGGGAAUAUAUUUAAUAUAAUUUUUUUUGUUUGAGUGAAGAAAUUGGUAGUGCAAGUUUCUUUUUUGUUUGUGACUCCCAAAAUGUUUGCUGUUGAACAGUUUGUUUUUUAAAAAACAAAAUUACUUGCCAAGUAAACAGGAAGGCCCAGCGCUCAGCAGGUGCCUUGACUAGCAUUAUAGUGGUUAGACUUUAACCAGCAAACGUGUUCCGUGGUAAAGACAUUUUGAAGAGGUUAUUCUGUCUACAGUCGACCACUCAAUAUAUUUUUAGUUAGGAAGGGAGAUGUGCUUCAAUGGUUUUUGUUGCUGCUUUAAAGUAUUGGGAAACAGAUUCUGCUGAGUGUGGUCAAGGUGACAAGUGGCUUCAGGGGAACAGCAUGAGCAGAGGACGUCCGAAAUUCUGCCCCUACAGACAACAAAGAGUGGGAAAUUUUCUGUCUCGCUGUUUGUAGAAAACUGGCCUACUUGUGGUCAAAACUGGCAGGCCCGUGAGUUCAGAGCAAGAUGCUUUUUUUUUAAAAAGCCGGACGAGGCGAGAAGUGUUUUUAAGAUUAAAAUAUUUUUAAAAUCAAUUGACAAUUCUUUGUAAAUAUUCCAAGAAUUCCACGGGCCUUUUAUCGCAGCUGCUUGAAAACGGCUUAGAAAAGAGUAAUCCCUGCCAGUUACCACACCUCAUUGUCAUUUCUUACUGCUAAAAUCUCAUUGAAUUGUUACUGACAGCAAUGUUUGGAAAAAGUUAGAUCAAACAACUUCUGCACCUAGUGAGAGAGAGAGAGAGAGACUCUUGUUCCAGCCGAACAUACUGGUAAAAGUCAUCUGUUGUUACAUUCUCCACUUUUCUUCUCUGUGUGGAAAAAAAGUAAUGUAUUCAACCAGAGUAAGAAAUAGCCAUUGAACCACUUAACUAGCACAGUCUUCCUGUACAGCGAUCUCCAGAGAGGUUCCCAAACAUUUGUCAGCCAGCCAGAUUCCAAAAUGGUUUCAGUCUUUACCGUUGUCGUACUUGGGACUAUAAAUGUAUGUGAUGUUAAUACUGAAAGUGUGUAAUGAUAGGUUUGUGUCUGAUAUGAUGUCUGCCCUUAAAGUAUCAAAAGUUUUAAUGUAACGUGUAUUUCUAAUUAUAAAUGUUUUAUUUGAUAGAAAUAACUGACCUUAUAAUAUUUUAUAGUAUUUAUUACUGUAGACAAUGUCUAGGUCAUGUAGACCUUUUAGCUCGCUGUUCCCAUUUAAUGCCUCCCUAUGAUUUGUAUCUUCAUUUUCAGAUUCUGAAGAUGAACAAAAAAUAUACCGGAGAUCAUUUGCUCCUCACUAGCUACACUUUUCUUUCAUUUCAGUCUAAAGCUACAGAUGUUUAUUGAAACACAUUAAACAUUCAAACAGAGUAACCUUGUAUAGCAGAAAAUGACAAGUUGCAGAGAAAUAAUCAAAAAGGGAAGUGAUGAUUUUAAUCAAAAUUGGGCAUGUGAUUUCCCCCUCCCCCCUCUUGUGGGUUUCCUUUGCUAUGUGUUCCUGUCACAUUAUCUUGAUCAGUGUUUAGACCUCAGCAAAAAUUGUCUGAAUUUUGCAAGUGGCAUUUUUGUUUAGUACUGAAUACCUUUCAGAAAAUUAAAUGUUUUUACUUUUUACAACAGCUUUCCUUGUGCAAAACAUCAGUCAAUCACUAGAUCAAUUGCGACAUGUUCUGCUGUUUGCUUUAGGUUAUUGUACCAGUCCUAAGACAAUAAGUUGCUCAAAAUCAGGAUGUUCGUAAAGUUCUUUGCAACUUUUUGAAUGCCCUCGACAUAGUUGCCUGGAUUUUCUGUGACCUAUUUAUGUUCACGCAGUGUUAUCCCUGUUUAUCAACUGUAUUACUGAAUACUGGUACAGCUUGUAUAAUUUAGCACAUCUUACUUAACAAAAGGUACCUUUUUAAAAUAAAAAGGGGAAUGGUCUAUUUUUUAAAUUUAUAAUGGUGUUUAAAUGUGUUCCAAAUAACUUGCUUUCUUAUGAUUUAUAACACUUGAUUGCAUUGGCUUAUACAAAUGGAGAGGUUUAGUUAACUCAGCAAGUGAAAGCUUUUAUAGCUGUGGGUGAGGUUAAUCUCUAACAUAGUGCCAUCUUUUGCAAUAUACUGUACUUUGGCUCUUUACGAAGAGUGCUGCAGGGUCAAGAUUGCCUCCUAAAUGUUGGGGCAAUUGAAUCGGGAAAUAUUUGUAAAAUAAUCUGUUUAUGGCAAGUAAAGCAUUGUAUAACCAGAUUUUUGGGCUUCUGUAAAAAUAUAUAUUUUCCAUCAUAAUGGAAAAAUGUUUUUAGCAAAUCUAGAUUGUUGCAGUUCAGCUCUGUAUUUUUCAACUUUAACCACAAGUUGCAUAUUUUUAAGGAAAAUGGGAUUCACGUAUUUACUAUGUGUAUAAAAAAACUCAAGAUUCUUGUUAAUUAUUCUGUCAUGAAAAGAAGUAGGUUUGCUUUGUAUAAUGCACAAUUGUUAACUUUAGUGAACUUCCAGUGAGCUUUUUCUUUAAUAAACUUUCCAAACAGUG